AUGUUAGCUAGGUUGGAUAUAUCGUGUGAAAUUAUUAUUCUAACUGAAACAUGGUACUCAAAAAUUCUUAAUGCACCUAUCUUGUUAAGUUAUGACUCUUACUGUACUACAAAUAAUCAAAAUCCAAAUGAUGGAGUAAUAGCAUACAUAAAACAAAGCUCUGGCUAUAUCGUUGAAGAAAAAAUACUGACGGAUGCCUCAUGUUUACUUAUUAGAGUAAGUACUGAUACCGUUGUACUUGGCAUCUAUAGAUCUCCCUCUGAACGAAAUAUUGAUAAUUUUUUAAGAUCUCUAGAUGUCCUACCAUCUGAUUUGUCAAAUUACAGUAACAUUGUAUUAGUUGGAGAUUUGAACAUAGAUAUUACUCAAAACAACAUAGAUAAAAAUUCAGAUCAAUAUCUAAAUUUAUUAGCAACACAUGGGCUCCUACCUGGUCAUGUUUAUCCAACUAGAGAUAGAACUUGUUUAGAUCCUUCAAUGAUCAAAGCCAAGCAUCCUUCACUCACUAUCGUCAUAGAAACAAGUCUUACCGAUCAUUACCCGGUUCUAACAUGCAUUAAAUUGAAACAUAAUAGUAUUAUAACGAAAAACACAAAUUCACGAAAAAUUCAUUAUAAAGCUAUUCUCGAUGAACUUAAAUUACUAUUUUCUUGCUCAUGGAAAUUCCAA